GAUAACUUUUUACUCAAAAUUUCGAAGGCCGCAAAACGGCCAGUCCCUCCGCCGAGGAAAACCAAAAUUAUAUCAACCGCUUUCCAUCUCUCACAGAGCCCCUUUCCGAGUUCCGCUUCUUUGCGCCAUUCUACUUGGUGUAUUAUUUACUUUUUCUGCUGGCCAUGUCCUCCACGGUAUCGGCCACUCCGGCUGAUCCCACAAAGGGUAUGCGUAAAAACGGAAAAAACUGGCGCGAUACCAAAAAGCCGUUCCGUCCUAACGCUGGUCUGACCUCGUACGAAAAGAGAUUGGAAGCUCGCAAGCAUCAGGAAGCUGUUAAAGAACACGAAAGAGAACUCAAAGAAGAGAAGGAGGCCGAACGGAAGGCGCAUAUCCAGAGAAUCAAGGAGCGUAGGGCUGCAAAGGAGGAGAAGGAACGCUACGAGAAGAUGGCGGAGAAGAUGCAUCGCAAACGUGUCGAACGAUUGAAGCGUAAGGAAAAGCGCAACAAAUUGCUCAACUCGUAACUGUGGUGGGAAAAAAAAUCUUCUUGGUUUCUUCAUUUCCUUUUCCUUUCUACCCCCCUACCCUCCUCCUACUACUACUAUUAUCAUCGUCUUUUUUACGCCCUAUCAUCAUCGUCGUCGCGUUUAUGGUUUGUUCGGCGUGCAUGGCGGGUAAUUCGCUCUU